AUGGUUGCAUCCCCGCCUGGUAUGGCACCUGCUCGGCACCUGCACCUGACCGUAAGGCGCUACAGGGUAGUGCGUAUGGCCCAGUACAUCACUGGGGCCAAGUUCCCUGACGUCCAGGACCUUUAUACCAGGCAGUGUCAGAAGAAGGCCCAAAAAAUUGUCACAGGCUCCAAGCAGGGUCAGGCACAGAGCCAGGUGGGCUGCAGAGAGCUGCGUUCCACCAAGUACAUCUCAGAUGGUCAGUGCACCAGCCUGAACCCGGUCAAGGAGCUGGUGUGUGCCGGGGAGUGUCUUCCCUCCCACCUACUGCCCAACUGGAUCGGCUCUGGUCCCGGCUACACCGGAAAGUUCUGGAGCCGCAGGGAGGCCCAGGAGUGGCGCUGCGUCAUCGACCGGACCCGGACCCAGCGCAUCAGCCUGCAGUGUCAGGACGGAAGGUCCAGGACCUAUAAGAUCACUGUGGUUACCUCCUGCAAGUGUAAACGCUACUCCAGGCAGAACAAUGACUCAGGGAAUGGGAAGUCAGAGCUGGAGGUCAGGCAGGCCCAGGGCCAGGGCUCCACACUCCAGGGGCCCAAGAGGAGGAAGGGAAAGGAAGGGAAGAAUGGACGUUCUGGGCAAAAAUACUGAACUGAGCCCGCUGGUCAGGGGGGCUCUGUACACUUCUGAGGGGUUGGAAGGUCUCUCUGUGCCCCCACUUCAGAAACAACACCAACAGACACUAGUUUUGUUUAGAAGGCAACAAUGUGUUUGCUGUAUUUAAUGCAGCUAUAUUGAGACGGCUAUGGAAUGAUUCCUCAGACAGUGCAACUGGUUUGCCAAAUAUUGACCACUGGGGAUGUGUUUGUGUAUGUAUGCGUUUUUGUAUGAUAGAAUGAGACUAGUUCAAAUCGCACAAGAACCGCAUUUGACAGCUAAGAUGAGGAGUUCUCUCAACAGAUGAAUAUGUUGUCCACAUCAUAAUGUUUAGAUUUAACAGAAAAAGCCAGAGUAUGUAUAUAAAUAGUGAUUCUAUACUCUGGGUUACUUUUUAAUGUAUGUAAAGGAUGACUAUGACAAUGUAAUAUAUUUUUGUAUGGGGACAGCUGAACUAAAUAUAAAUAAGUUCAUGUUUUUAUAUAUUUGCUAGAUUCUAUGUAAUCACUUUCAGGACAAAUUGUGUCUCAAAUGAUUUGCC